AAUUCGGCAUAAGGCCGUCUCAGCCAAACGAGCAUAGCCGCCAUAGGGCCGCAAAGCGUUCAAAUGCUCUCCUUGCGCGCCCGUCGCUGUCUCUGCAACUGUGUCUGCUCGACUCCCAUUCGCGUCCGUUGAUCGCCAACCGUGGGUGACAAGACACAGACGGAAAUGCUGCAGGUACAACAGACAGAUCUCGCGCCGACGUCUUUGGAAACGCCUUCUUUUACGCACGCCGAAGAAAGCAGCUUUCGUCCAAGCAUGAUCUACAACGUGCUGCCCGCCAUAUUGUCCAACCGCCUGCCCACGAUACCCUCCCUCCGCCAGUCCCUUGGUGAUGUACGGGGUCGAACUUCACACGCAAAAUCCGAGUCGGUGACUGAGUUACCGCAGCCCGAGACGCCACCGCCGGGCUAUUCGUCCACGCCUCCAAGCGGAUUCAUCACACCCCACCGACUGUCGGCAGCUCUGGGCGAGGCGGAGGUUGACUUUGCGGAUGACAUAUCUGAAGGGCCAGCGUCUCCGAGAAAUGCGCCGCUGUCGGUGCUGGGCGCCCACGAGACGAGCACGGGAAUCCGGUGGAAAUACGCUAAUCUAGGGACAAGUCUGCUAGCCCAAGCGUCGAGAGAAUCCAGCGCACUGACAAGCAGCUCCGAGGAGCCAUGCGCGACACUCACACGCCAGCUGUACAUUCACGCCAUCACCUAUCUGCUUCGGGGCUUGCCCGCAAAGCUCACGCCAGAGGAAACGCUGGGCCUCCAAGCAGCCCUCCCUCAGGAUGUCGUCGAUGCAGCCAACGACGCAAAUGCGGGGGCGCUGAUACUGCCAGCCUCGCAACGGAGCCUGAGCGCCCAGGAAAAGCCUCCACAGGACCCGACUGUGCUGCAUCGCAUAACAGCGACAUUGGUGCUGCAGACGUUUCUCCUGCUGCAGUUUCUCCUACCGUACAUUCGGCUGUUUCUGUCGCACGCCUAUCGGUUUGAAAGAAAGCACCAAAUCACCAAGCGGGUCGUCAAUACGAGCGUCGCCACGGUCGACGACAUUGGACGGAGGACACUCAGGCUGUCGCAGACGGUGUGCCAGAUGAAUGACGGCAUGAUUGGACAGGCCAUCAACGAGAUGAGCAUCUGGUGGAUAACGGGCGUGACUGGAGGGGUGCAGCAGGGCCUGGCCGAGGGGCUGCGAGCCGUGAGGGCGGCGGAAGCGCAGCAGCGGGGCGAGGCCGAGGUGGUCAACUGAGGCGACGUUUGAUUUUGCAUUUGCAUGGGGGAUGGCGUUUGAGCAUUUUCAUGGUUGCAUAGCCUGAUCAAGUUACAGAACAGAGGAAGAUGAUGAUGAUGGAUACAUUGAUUCAGAGACGCGGCGCAGGGCAGAGGGGAGGGCAGAGGGCAGAGGCUGGUGGGCCCGAGCGCCCUUAUCUUAUCGGCAUGGCGGGCAGUCUUCUCUUCGUAGCGCGUAAACGGUGCACGUCCCUCGUCAAAAAAGUGCAUGGCAAAGUUUCU